AUGAAUUAAGAAGAGUCAAUUGCUUUUCUAUAUAAACGAUUUUAAAAGUAUUAAUAAGUUCACCCAUCAGAAAUAUCAGAUAAUGUCAUAGAAAAGGUCGAAUCUUUAUAUUAGGAUCUUGCUUUUAAUAAAGAUCUAAGCAGAUUAAAGGUUAGCAGAGAAACUAAAGAAAAAAUAUUCAGACAAACUAUUCUUAUAUAUAUGUCUCAACCAAAAAAGACAGGCUAAAUUGAUAUUAAAAUGAAAGAUGAAUCAUCCUGGAAAACAAGAUAAUUGACAAUAGAUAUUGAUCUAUGCGAAUUGAUUAUUUUGUCUGAAAAAGAAAUCAUUCUCAAUUUGCGUUUCUUUGAAAUCUAAAAUCCCAUUUAAGAUAAUAAGACAUUUAAAUUUUUACUUCAGCAUAAAUCUCUCCCUUAAAUAUUUUGGUUUGCAGAUGAUGAUAAAAAUUAUGUUAAUUAAUGGUUUAAUGAUAUUAAAUAAUGCGUAUUUUAGGGUAGAAGAGGAAAGAAAUAUGAAACUAUGACUGUUGAACCUAUGAUUAAAGAUAUUAAUAUAGAACUAUUAAAAUAAAUGGAUCGAGAAAGAAUAAGUUUAAACUAAAAUUUGUUUUACUCUUAAGAAAUUAAUCAAUAAAAACACUAUUCAAUCAAUUAAUUAGAUAGUCAAUAACAGAUUUAAUAUACAGAAUAAUAAAAUCCUAAUUAGUUUGAUUAAGAUAGAAUAAUCUUGUCAAAGUAAUCUCUUGGUGAAUCAGUUAUUAUACCUUAAGUUUAAGAUAAUUAUAAAGCUAUUCAAAUAGAUUAACCAGAAUUAUCUAUGAUAUUCGAAGAUUUAAAAUAUAAAUUAAGUUAUGAUUAUUUAAUUGAUGAAUCUGAUUUCAAUCUAUAUUUAUUUGAAGAUUCUAUAAGAAUCAUGUAAAAUAGAAAUGACUGUUAUAAUUUUAGAAUUUUUCUUCCAAUAAUAGAUGCUACUCCUAAUGGAAUUAUUAUGUCACUUUUUGAUACAAAAACUCAGACAAAAUGGAAUAAAUAAAUUAAAAAUAUUGAGUAAUUAGAAAAUUUAGGUCUUACAACUAUAAAAAUUAAGGAGACAAGAUUACCAUAUGGUUAUUUUUAUUAACCAAGAACUUUUACUUAUGUGAGAUAAUUUUAUUCCACUUAUAAUGAAAUUUUUGUUAUUGAAAAAUCAGAUGACAAAGGUAGUUGUAAUAUUAAUUGGAAUAUUUGUGCUGUAUUUCUAACACAUAAUACUCCUAAACUAUUAAUUGUUGAUACAAAAACAAUAAAUGGUGGGUAUAUUACACAAAAAUAAGACUUAUAAUUAACUAUUUAAUAUUUAAAAGAAUAUAUGCAUUUAAUUUAAUAUGUUAUGGAAUUGAAAUUGUAAACAUAAACACCUCAAUUCAUUAUAGAUUUAAUCAAUAUUUAUGAAAAUCGUCCAGUUAAAUCUAAAAAAACUUAAUAAGUAAUUAAUGAAUAACCAAUGAGUGAAUUCGUAGAAGAUACUCAAAUUAAUAAUUAUUUGCAUAAAUCUCAACCAUAAAUCUAGAAUUUAGAAGAGAAUGAAUUAACUAGAUAGGAUUCUAUAUCAUAUCUAUAAAUAAAAUAGAAAUAUUUAUCGAAAUUUCAAAACUAUUCUGAUUCUAAAUAAUCAAGUUCUGAUUAGAUUUAAAUUGAGGAUCGUAUAUUAAUUAGUAAAUAAAAUUAAGAAGCCAUAAUAAAGUAAGAAAUAACAUUAUAACAAAAAUAAGAUGUUGUUACAGAAAUAGUAAGUGAAUAAAAAGAUGUUGCUAGAUAAAUAUUUAGUGAAUAAAAUGAGAUUAUUGAAUAAGUAAUAAGUGAAUAAAAUAAUAUUGAAAAUAAUCAAUAAAUAAAGGAGGUUGAAGAAGUAUAACAAAAUAAUACUCAAGAUGAGGAUAGUGAGAUAGAAAUAGAUGAGGAAUUUUUGCAUUAAGAUAUUCGUCCUGAGUGGGAAAAGUCUUAAUUGAUUUAGAAUUAAGAUGAAUAUUAUAAAGAUCUUCUAGAAUAUGUACUAAAAUGUUAAAUGUGGAGUUCCUAAGUGCAUCCUUAUACUACCACAAUAAAAGAGUAAGAUUAAUAUGAAAUUAUAAAAGAGAUAGAAGGUUUACAUUUCUUUUAUAAGGAUGAAUGGUAAUUUGAUAAUAAAAAAGGUUAUCUAAAAUUUGUGAAUGCUAAGAAACUAGAAGCUUAGAAAAAGGUAUUAAAAUAUAUAAUAAGUAAAAUGGGAUCAAAUCUUUUGAAAGGUAAAUCAAUAUUAAGUGUAUCACUACCAGUUUAUGUUUUUGAAAAGAGAACAAAUUUAUAAAGAUUUGGAGAAUCAUUUGCUUAUGCUCCUCAUUUUCUUGAAAAUAUUCAAAACGAUCCAGUUUAGUAGAUGGCAUCAGUAAUAGCAUUUUCACUUUCCUUCACUAUAAUAUAUUUGAAUUUAGAGAAACCAUUCAAUCCAAUUUUAGGAGAAACUUGUUAAUUAUGGAUUAAAGGAUGUCCAGUUUAUUUAGAAUAAAUAAGUCAUCAUCCUCCAAUUGCAGCAUUUAUUAUGUAUGGUAGAGGUUACAAAAUAUAUGGUAAUCUUGAAUCGACAGCUAGCAUAGGGCCUAAUACAGUAACAGGGGGCAAUGAGGGUAAAAUCGUAAUAGAAUUUAGUCAUACUAAGAUAGAAUACAGAUAUUGUAAAGGAUAUGUGAGUGGCAUAACAUAUGGAGAUCGUUAUUUUUAUACUGAAGGAUAACAACUAUAUAUUGAUUAUAAAAAUCAAAAUAUAGGAGAAUUGUAUUUCAAUCCUUAAAAAAAGGGAAAAACUUAAUACGAUUACUUUGAAGGCAAAAUAUACUAAGUGAACCAAAAUAUACUUUAGAAGUACAAAAAGGAUGGCAAAAUUAAAAUGGCUAAUCAAUAAGCAUAAGUAUUGGCUGAAAUAGAAGGAAAGUAUGAAAUCUUUAGAAAUAAUAUUUUAGUUGGUAGUAAGAAUAAGUAAUGAAAUUCAAUGGCAAAACAAUCUUUAAUUUGAUGAAAGAUUUUCCAUUCAAGUGUAAACCUGAAAGAUUUCCACUAGCUUCUGAUUCUUAAUAUAGAGAAGACUUAAUUGGAUGGUAAUUAGAUGAUUUUGAUUUAUCAAUGAAAUACAAAGAAAUCUUGGAAGAAAAACAAAGAAAGGAUAGAAAGCUUAGAAAAUGA